CUGUCUGCGACAAAACGUAGAGUAAGCUCUUAUUACACCAUCAGCUGAUGCUACACCUUUUCAGCACCGCGGACAGCUCCUUUCUGCAUGCCGAGCGGAUGGAGACGGUUAUAAAAAGCCCGCAUGGAGCGUCUCUGCACCGGACAUUCACCUCGACAGCCUGAGUCACAGCAUGGCUAACAGAUUCCUCCUUCCGCACAAAAAUACUCAAGAUGAGUAUUUACAGUACAAGCCCAAACGUUCGGCAUUAGAUGCCAGCGUCGUGUCCACGGGCAUGAAUUUGACUAAAUCUGGGAAGUUUAAUGAGAAAGAAUUGAUGCAUGGCUUGAACGAUCGUCUCGCAGGAUUUAUAGAGAAGGUGCACCAUCUGGAGUACCAGAAUCAACUGCUGGAGAGAGAAAUCGGGGAACUCAGGAGUAAAGCGAAACCCGCAUCUGGUUUGGAGAAAGAGUAUGGACCAGAGCUCAGGACACUGAGACAGCUGGUUCAGGAUAUUACUCAUCAGAAGCAUCAGAUUGAAAUCGAACAUCAGAAUUUAGAGGAAGAAGUGUCCAACCUGAGAAGACAACAUGAACAGGAAAAGCGUAGCAGAUCGGACGCAGAGAGCAACAUUGUGCUCCUCAACAAGGACAUCAAUGACGCGUAUCAAGCUAAACUACGGCUGGACGAGAAAGCACAGGCUCUCGUGGAUGAAAUCCACUUCCUGAAGAGAAACCAUGAUGCCGAGGUGUCAGAGUUGUCUGACCAAAUCCGGGGUGCGCAGGUGACUGUCAAGGCGAAUGAAUUUGGCAACCCCAGCGUCACUGCGGCACUGCGGGACAUCAGGGCACAACUGGAAGGCCACACCGUGUCCGACGUCCAGCAAAUGGGAGAAACUUUCCGAUCUCAGUUUGCAAGAUUAACGGAGGCAGCUGAGAGCAAGAGAGCGGCGUUAAAAUCGACCCAGCAAGAGAUCCAGGAGCACAGGAGGCGCCUGCAGGCCAAGAACAUCGAACUGGACUGCGCUAAAGGCACCAGGGAAGCGCUGGAGAAACAACUUCAUGACGUUGAGGAUCGACACAAGGAAGAAAUGAUUCAUUACCAGAACACAAUCAAAGAACUUGAAAAUGAGCUCAUAAAUUGCAAAUUCGAUAUGUCGGGUUACCUGCGGGAAUACCAGGACCUGUUAAAUGUGAAGAUGGCUCUGGAUGUAGAGAUACUGUCUUACAGAAAACUUCUCUGCGGUGAGGAGGCUCGGCUAUCUGGAAUGCCAGACAGCCACGUCUCCCUGCCCUACAUCUACCACCAGUCCCCCGUUUACACCCUGCCUUACCUCAGCCGCCCGGAAGGCUCACACAGACGAGCUGAGCCCCGGUACAAGUUCGUAGAGGAGAUCAUAACGGAGACCACCAGGGAAAUUGAGAUGUCAGAGUUUGAAGAGACAGGAUCGGAGGAGACAGAGGUGGAAAAAGAUGAGCAGGAGUGUGCCAAAAGAGAUAGAGGGAACAGUGAGGAAGAGACUGAUAAUAAAGACUGUCGAGAGGACAAAGGUGAACAGAUGUCUGAUAGUGAGCAGAAUCAAGUAGCAUCAGUGGGGAAUUUAGUGAACGGAGGUGAUGAUGUUGGUCAUGGUGAGCUGGAUGAUAGUGAAGAACAACAAAAAGGCAAAGGAGAGUCAGAGGAGGCUGAAGCAGCUGGCAAUGAAAGGGACCGUGACAUAGACAGAAAUACUCAAAGCAAAGUUUUAUUGAGUGAGAGCCUUGAUGAGGAAGGAAGUGGAAAUCAAAAAGUAGCUGAAAACAUAAAAGAAGAGAAAGAAGCUCCAGUGAUGGUAACAGUGGAGAAAGAUCUUUCUUCAAAACCAGAUAAGUUAAAGCCAGAGGUCACUGUGGAGGAUGAACUUUUGAAAAAAUCUGAUAAAAAGAAAAACGGAGAUGCGGACAAAGAUGCUUUUAUCUCAGCUGAAGUGAUGAAGCCUGUUGACGAGACCUCGAGCCAAGUUCCUGUUGUAGAAAUAACUAAUUUUACAGGAGAAACAAAAUCCACAUUGUCUGUAGAGACAGACAAGCUUUCAGAAAAGGCUCAAGUAGCAUUUAAGAGUGAGGAAAAGGAGGAGAACACUCAUAAAGAGCCAAAGGGAAUCUAUAAAACUGAAGCUGCAAAAGAUGAGGAUAAAGUAGCAAAAGGCAGCCAAGAUGCCAGACAUGAUAGCAAUACAAGUCAAGAUAAAGCGUCUGUCCAAACUGUCUUACCAGGGGAAAAGACAACUGUCAAUGCAGAAAUCAAAGAGUUGCAUCAGGGGACAUCACCAGGAAGCCAGGAUCAGAAAUCAAAGCUGUCUGAAGUUUCAGAGAAAAUAAAGCAUCCUAAAAGUAAAACUGAGAAGGUGGAGAGCAGUGAGUCAGAGAAAUAAGAGGGACGUGCAGUAAAAGCCAAACAGAGGGACUAUCUGCUGAGGUAUAGGAAGCAAGGAUAAGACACGUCCACCUUAAAUUUAAUGAGACAGCAGUUGAGAGGCAUUUACAUAAAUACACAUAUCAGGGAUGGUGAAGCUGAAAAUAGUAAAUGGCUUAACUAUUGCAUAAAGCUGAGCCAAGCAAAGAGAAGGAAGCUAAUUUCUCUUCAGAGUGACCGUUUGAAAAGGAGAGAGCAUGAUUCUUUUCAUGUUUGCCAACUGCUUUGCCUUUGAUUGUUUGACUUGACGUUUAACUCAUGUAAUCAUGGAUGCAAAAGAUGCGGUUCAAUUUCUUGCUUUGCAAUUGUUUGUGCCUUGGUAUAUGAUGACAAAUAAAUGCAAUAACCAAAAGAAAUUCUCUGAAUAUAUUUGCCGGCCACAACACCAAAUACUAUUGUGGAUAAAUCUCAUGUUUCUGCAAAGGACAUCUCGAUAGGUCUGCUCUCGGUCAAGUGCGGUUUCUGAU